CAAGCAGCAGUCGACGACGAUUCAACAGCUGAUUUGCAUAGAUUUUGGAUUUUGAACCGAAGAUUUUCCCGAAAUGUUGUGGGUUUCCUCGUUUAAAUAAGACUUACGGAAAUUUCUUCAGUUGUAUCUUCAUCUCUGUGUGUAUCACGCUGAACUUGAACUUGAAUUUUGUUUUGGGUGACUGGAAUUUUUGAUUUUGGUUACUUCGAAGUUCCCGAAGAAAUCUCGAUCGAACGUUGUGAUUUUUUUGAGUUGUUGACGUAUUGUUGGCUUGAAACACGCGAAUAACAGGAUUGAUUCUUAAAUUUUGUUCUUGUGGACCGCUUGAGAAAUGAGUUGGUUUCGUGGUUCAGUUUUCUCCGUGAAGGGAAUGUGGCAGUUCACGAAAGGCGGAUUUGAACGAGCUCGAGCAAAUUUCCACGAUGAAGAGAUGACGGUCGCCUGCGAUAACCGUGUGUUUAUCAUCACUGGUGCCAACAGCGGUAUUGGCCGGGCUAUUGCUGAAGAACUAGUGCGUCGCGGAGGGAACGUGCAUAUUGUGUGCAGAAAUCCAGAUAAAUGUGCCGAAACUGGACGGCAUCUUCGCCAGCUGAACGGAUCGGCACAAGUCACCGAGCACGUGGUUAACAUGAGCGAAAUGUCGGCCAUCCUUGAAUUCACGGAGCGUUUCAAAAAAGUCAUCGGCAAGCUGGAUGUGUUGAUUAACAAUGCCGGCGUACUGUUGGACGAGCAGAUUAACUCCAAGGAAAAAUUCGACGUCAGUUUCGCCACCAACUCGCUCGGACCGUACGUCCUCACGCGCGAAUUACUGCCACUGCUGGAGCAGAGUGCGGAUGCGCGCGUCAUCACCAUGAGCAGCGGCGGAAUGUACAAUGAGAAGUUGGAUUUGGAGGAUAUUCAGAGUAUCAACAAGGGAUUUAAUGGAACACGAGCGUACGCGCAGCAAAAACGUCAGGAGGUCAUCAUGAUGGAGCAGUUUGCUCUGAAGCAUCCCAAAGUGCUUUUCACUUCGAUGCAUCCCGGCUGGGUGGAUACCCCGGGAGUGGAACGUUCUCUGCCAACCUUCUAUCAAAUGAUGAAGAACAAACUACGAAAACCGGCGGAAGGCGCCGACACCGCCAUCUGGUUGUCCACCGUGCCGCGUAGCCAUUCCGGAAUUGUUAAUGGGGGAUUCUACUUUGAUCGGCAGUCAGUGUCCAAACACUUGCCGUUGGCCUGGACGCACAGUGCACCGGAAGAAGAUGCGCAGCUAAUGACUAUGCUGGCAGACUUUACCAUGCAGGCGUUGCGAACAAAAGGCAUUACUGAGGCCACUUAAUUUGACGCUCAAUUGAUGCUUUGUCAUAGUGAUUUAGUCUGCUGAUUGGUACGUUGCCUCCAGUUUUCUUGAUUCCUCUACGAAUUUACUUACCUGAUUGCUUUUUUGCUCGCACAAUUUGCGUAUGAAUUGACGGCUUUUUAUUUCUUUUUACUUGACUAAGAAUAUUGACCCUGCAUGUCCUGUUAGGCAGUAUUUGAAAAUUUAUUGAUUAAAUAAAUCUAAUUUCGA